GGACAUUUGGAGAGAUAUCGCUGGAGAAAUAGAAGGGAUUGCCAUAUAAAGACUCAACUUCAGCCUCUCAAAGUGUUCUCACAGAAUUUAGAGAGACAUCUUUGGUGUUGGGAGCAUUUUAAAGGAUUAUUUCUUAAGGAAAAUUCAAAAAAAAAUCAGUGACUGUGAAUAGAACUUAAUUUAAAAAAAAAUGAAGCAAAUUCUCAUCCUCCUGAGUCUAUUCGCUGUGACCUUCGGAGUGAAGCUGCCCAGGCCCAAGUCAUCCCUGAAAUACGCCACUUUGGACUACUUCAAAGAUGACAAAGAGAUUGCCCUGCCCGACGACGAUGAUGAGGACAAACCACCAACAAUAUUCGAAGGAGACGUCCAGAAGGCAAAGAUCCUGAACCAGGAAAACCUCAACCAGGGAAAAGGGAAAUUUAAAUACACGUUGGAGACCCAGAAUGGAAUAUCCAUCCAGCAGGCAGGGAAACUGAAGGAUGAGAAGACAUUCGUGGUCAUGGGAUCGUAUUCCUACACUGGAGCCGAUGGGAAACGCUACAGAGUCAAAUACACAGCCGAUGAGUUCGGAUACCAUCCUAUAACUGAACUGGAAGUGGACAUUCCAGAAAUUGAGAUCCCUGAGAGGAAAAUACAGCCAAUUAAACCGUUGAGUUUCAACUUCAAUCAUUUGGAAGCGCCCCCGAAGCCUGCCAAAAUUCAAGUCCGGAAUCCCCAGACCAACUUUUUCGAUGACCAACAUGAACAUCCCCGGGGGGAAAAUCCCUUUGCCACCCCGGGUGACAGAGAAUCCGUGGACAGAAAAUACCUGCCGCCAAGGACGUACUUGCCACCCACAAACAAACUCCAAUGAGAAAAGCGCGAAAAUUCCUAAAAAUUUCCCCCAAAUGACGCGGGACUUUCUCCAAAUGAGGUUAGGUCAACAAAGCCAGAAUAAAAUAAGACACUUACCUGAGAUUUCACUGCCCAUCUCCAUCAGCAAAAUGCACAAUAAACAGUAAUUAAACCAA